AUGGUCUCUGCCAAAGCUAUCUUCCUCGGUAUCACCCUCCUCGCCAUGGCCCGCGAGGCCCAGGCCCAAGCUCAAGACGGCACCGAGACGAUUGCUGUGUACGGAUCGGACGACUUCGAUUCGUACGCCUACGGCUACCCGACGGAGGCACCCCCCCAAGCCUACGCGCACCCCGAAGUCUACGACGCAAAAGCCUACGCGCUCCCCCAAACCUACGACGAAAAAGCCUACGCGCACCCCGAUGCCUACGUCCACCACCAAGACGACAAAGCCUUUGCCAACGACCGCUACGUCGACUCCGUGCCCCAUUUCUACAACGGAAGCGCCUUUCACAGCCACUCCCGCUACGACAACGGUAACGCCGUCACCAACGACAACUAG